CCUUCCCCUCACCCCCAAUUGUCAGAGGGAGGUAGGACUUCCUGUUCUUUUCACAGCGACUGCCGGAAGUGAUUGCGGGCUAAUCGGCGGCGUUUGCGGAGGCUGAAGAGUUUAGGGCGUCUGUACUAGUUGCUGCUUUUGGCGCGAAAAAUGCCGGGUCUGGCGGCCGCAAGCCCUGCCCCAUCUGAGUCGCAGGAGAAGAAGCCUCUGAAGCCCUGUUGCGCCUGCCCGGAGACCAAGAAGGCGCGCGAUGCGUGCAUCAUUGAGAAAGGAGAAGAGAACUGUGGACCCCUAAUUGAGGCCCACAAGGAAUGCAUGAGAGCCCUGGGAUUUAAGAUAUGAAAUGGUGGUCUGCUCUGGGAAUUAAUAAUUCCUGAAAAAUGAAGAAGAUUUAAUAACUUUGGGAGCUCUUUGAUGAACAUUGAUAAAUUUAAAAGUAUUUAUAACUUAUUAAAAAAAAAGAAUAUCCCUGGUCAAAAGUCUUCAGGUGUGUUUCUUUUUGUGUUCCUCACAUGGCGUUUAUGUAUUUAUUUUUCUUAAAGAAUACCUGUGGCCAUAAUUCAAAAAGAGUUAUGUACCACAAUGUUCAUUGCAGUUCUAUUUACAAUAGCCAGGACAUGGAAGCAGCCUAAGUGUCCACCGACAGAUGAAUGGAUAAAGAAGAUGUGGCACAUAUAUACAAUGGAAUAUUACUCAGCCAUAAAAAGAAACUAAAUUGAGUUAUUUGUAGUGAGGUAGAUGGACCUACAGACUGUCAUACAGAAUGAAGUAAGUCAGAAAGAGAAAAAUAAAUACCGUAUGCUAACAUAUAUGGAAUCUUAAGAAAAAAAAAGUUUAUGAAGAACCUAGGGACAGGACGGGAAUAAAGAUGUAGAUGUAGAGAAUGGACUUGGGGACACGGGGAGGGGGAAGGGUAAGCUGGGACAAAGUGAGAGUGGCGUGGACUUAUAUAUACUACCAAAAUAGAUAGCUAGUGGGAAGCAGCCGCAUAGCACAGGGAGAUCAGCUUGGUGCUUUGUGACCACCUA